GAACAAUAUAUUAAUGCCGGUUUCCAAAAUUGCUUUAUACAAGUAGAAAGAAAAGCAGGAUCUGAUGGAGGUUCCAUCAUUAAACGUGAAAGUUCAGGACCAGAAGGAAAAGAAGGACCUUCAGGCUCUGAUGGGAAUGGAGGGCCUAGUGUUAGACAUAAAAGUUCAACAUUCUCAAGGGAAUUUGAUCAAGCCAGAAACUAAACAACUUUCAGCACGAUUUGAAAUUGCAGAAGAUUCCUGUAAACUAAGGUUUUCUUCAACAGAUUAUUUACCAAUAGUUGAAAGUGCUUCCAAAUUGUUAAAACUACUUGAUAGUUCUCUGGUUACGUGUAAGAAAGAGCCCAAUUAUAUGGCAAUCCUAAAAGGGACAACUGGAUUGAACGGAAGGAUAAAAAUUGAGGUAUCUUCCAAUCCUUCACCAUCGUAG